AUGAAUAAUCUUACGGGAAGCACAAAUGUCUUCACUACUCUUAGAACGGAAGGAAAAUUUAUUGCUUCGACCAUAAUCGUAAAGAUGUCCCCCUCAUCUCAAGUCAUGGGGGAGGCGAGAAACUUUUCCUAUAUUUGCAAGUCAAGUGGAACAGAAACGACUAAAUUUAGUAACUUCCAUCACUCAGAAUUAAUAGAGAAACAGAAACAGCAGAAAAAGUGCGGGCAACAUCAUUAUAAUGGAGGAAGAAGAUCAACAAAUUUAAUGCAACUUUAUGAUUCUUGA